UGCAGUCUUCAUUUGAAGCAUUCGCAGAUGGCUUCGCUUCAUUUGUUAACUGCAACACAUUUUCUCAGCUUUACUUCGUCUAAAAAAUGACAAUGGAUGCCCUCAAAUGUGUCUUUCUUCUGUGUUUUUGGAGCUUUACUGGAGUUACAUCAACAGACUCGCCUGUGAUGCUUUAUGGACUAAGGAACAGCUCGGUGUGUCUGCAUGUCAGAAAAACAGCUUCCCACACUAAGGGUGAUUGGAUGUUUGGUGAAACAGUAAUCAUUAAUGAGAAUACAAUCAAUCCUAUCUAUGAAGGAAGAGUGACUUUUAGCCCAAAAAACUUGACCUUGUGCAUAAAUCAGCUGCGUGUAAAAGAUACAGGCAUCUUCAAGUUCUCCUACUUGGUAAAUUUUACUCGAACAUCAGAAAGCUACGAAGUGAUUGUAGAAGAUAUUGUUCCCAGACCAGUGAUGAUUCUGACUCCAGAGAAUCCAUCCAAUAUAUCAAUGGGAUUCUGUAAUUUUACAGUAAACUGCUCCAUCCAGCAUGUUUGGCUGUCUUCUAACUGUAAUAAAGAUGGCUGCACAACAACUCAGAGGUCUCUUAAAAACCUCAAUAUCAGCAUCCACACUGACAACUCAACUGUUACUUGCAGCGGCAACAACCAUGUCAGCACAAAUAACAUCUCAGAAAAAAUUACAGCCAUCUGUGUGCUCAAAUCUAAUCUUGAACAGAAGAAGGAAUUAAGAACAGCUUCUAGUAUUUUUAUCUUAAUUAUCAUCUUUAUCAUUCUUACUUCUGUACUUCUCUGUGCUUUAUUUGUUUUUCUUAUCAGAAAACUUCAUCAAAAACAUAAUCAGGAGACAACAGCUGUUGCCCAGUUAAUACAAAGCGGACCGUUAGAGACGCAGCCACAAUCUGAGGUCAGAGAUUCCACAACUUCCAGUGAAGCUGAGCCUUCUUAUGAAAACGUGGAGGCCACUCCGCCUGGAGAGAACGGUAUCUCAAGAGAUGAACUUGUCUUCAGCGAGAGUCAGAUGGUAGAUACUGUCUAUAGUGUCCCUAGAAAGGCGAACUCUGUCAAAAGUGACAAAAAAAGUGAAGCAUUGGGAGAUGGGAGCACGCAAACGACUUCAGGGUCUGUCAACCUAAAUACAGAGCAGAGCCUCCUACAAACUGAGACGGUGUACAGUGUACUGGAGAUGCCUAAGAAUCUAAAGUCAUAGCACCACCAAGAGGACAGACACUGGCUUCAGCAGAACGGAGCAUCAGAAGAGGUCCAUUCAUUUUCUUUUGCUUUUCUGAGAUGUAAAGACUGGGUAAAGGAUCCAGAGCGGAAAUUCAGAGACACCUUUUCAUCUCUUUAAGAUCAUAAGGGUUUUUUCUGGACCACAAGGAUAACUACCAUUACUGUAGGAGGCCUCAGCCAAUCUAUCCAUAUCCUGCAUCAGCUCAGCAUCAUGACUGGACAAGGAACCAGGAAGCACAAAAACCAUGAGGCAGAGAGAGACUGAUCCACAGGAGAAGAUCUGGAAUCAAUAGCGUUGGUCUUGGUCAGUCAUAUCAGGAUGCCAUGCAGUCAGGAUCUUUUAAAAAUAUUCUGAUAGACAAUUCUUUGCAUGCUCCAGUCUUUACAAAAAAAAGGACAUUUUAAGAAACUCAGACUCCCUAAAUUUUGUUGUUUACCUUUUCUAAAGCUAAAGCAGCUUCUUCUUCUUCUUUUUUUUUUUUUGAGUUUUUACAGCACUGGUGGCUCGUUUUUUCUGAACAUUAGGCUGACAGGAAAGAGGUUAGAGAGAAGGGGAGAGACAUGCGGGAAAAGGACCACAGGCCAGAUUUUUACUCCCGCAUAGACCAUGACUGGGUGGAAACAUUUUCAUAUGAGUGAAUGUGGACCGAAAAUAUUAUUCUUGUAACAUGGCUUGAUAGGACAUGCAUUGUGAAUUACUGCUGACUUAAGUAAAUUCAAUGAAAAUAUAAACCUUACGUAACUUUUUAAUUCAAGUUAAGUAUGACAUGUUUUCAGAAGUUUAUGCAGGCCUUUUGAAAGCCAUACCUUUAUAAGAUAAUAAUCUAUAAUCUAUAACAUUGUUUAACAAAGGAGAUAAUUCAUAUUUACUCAUUUAAGAUCUUUUUUCAAGCUUUUACUUUUUUUAAUUACUGUUUCGCUAAAUUCUGUUCUCAUAUGAAUGGAAUUUCCAUUAAAAAACUUUAGCAUGGAAUUUAUAAAGACAAAUAUUUAAUAUCAAAAGAUUUAGCAGCAGAAGGUGAACAAAAUGUUAUUACCAAACCAGUCAAGUGAGGAUUUUGGUUUUUUUUAUGCAUAAAUUUGAUUAAACUUCAAAUUUUCCUCAGAUUUGAAUAAUAUACUUUGAAUAGUUUUGUUCUUCUUCUCUUGCUUGAUAUGGCUGCUUAAUAGAUGAGAAAGUUGUAAUGUAAUACUGUGAAA